CCUUGAGGAUAUCCUGUGGUGUGAUUGGUCGAAAUUAGCUUCUAUUAUCUCCUUAUUAUCUCUUUACUGUCUUCAACCUGCAUCAUCAAAGCCAUGAAGGCUCUCAGUCUGCUGCUGCUUCUUUGUGCCUUGUUGGCUUUGAGUCAACCUGCUGAUACCAUGGAUGGGGCUGAGAGCGAUGAAGCUCUUCCAGAAGGAACCAGAGAAGAUCCUGACACUGAGGACGUUUUUCCAGAAGACCAUUUGGCUCUUCAUGAAGAGGAACCUGGAAACUGGACAGGUGCAGAAGAACCAACCUUUGAACCUGUGGAUGAAGAAGCUUACCUGAAGGCUCUGAAUGCAACAGUCCGACGUUCAGGGUCCUGUUCUCCUGGCUGGACCCGGGUCAAAGGUCGCUGCUACCACGUCUUUCCUUUUGGUGCUACUUGGCAUAGAGCUCAGGAGAACUGCAGGUCCAUACAAGCACACCUUGCAUCAAUCCAUGACUACGAGGUGAAUAAUCAGCUUGUGAGGAUGAUAAUGUCUGCAGGCCGGGGGCAUACUGCAGUCUGGAUUGGAGGCAAUGACAUAAUAUGGGAGCGCCACUGGCGCUGGGUGGACGGAAGCCCUUUUCACUACAGUAAUUGGUGUCGUUACGAACCCAACAACUUAGCUAAUCAGGACUGUUUGCAGAUAAACUACAGUCGGCACAGAUGUUGGGACGAUGCGCAGUGUAACUUUCGAAGGCCAUUUAUCUGUGUCAAAAACAUCUGAUGACUAUUUGUCUAGAAAUGAUGUAUUUUGUGUGU